AUGGCCCAAUUCCAUCGACAAUGGACGAGAGCCUUCACGGCAGCUCUGAGUGUAGUUUCCUUUCUGGGUAAUUUCAACCCAGUCAAUGGAUUGAGUUCUGCACAAGGGCGGACCAUAGAGCUCAACGGAGUUCCCUACUACGUUGGCAAUGUGGCUGUUUCCCAGAUAUUGGACGUACCUGUGUCAAUCUAUGAGGAACUGUGCAUAUCCGAGGUUGAUAUAUUCCCUCUGACGAUCAUCUCUAGCAAUACAUCAAGCUUCACAGGUCACGAGCUAGAUGGGAUUGUGUCCGACUAUACGAACAGAGAUGAUGUGUUUAAUACCGCAUUCUUGAAAGCUGUGUAUGUGGCGUACAAUGGAGAUGGAACCCCGUCCGUCGAGAUACGGUCAACAUUUUCUACACUGCUUAACAAUGGCAAUUCGCUGUUCCUGGUCUCACCGGAAUAUGCCAAUAAGGGACUGGAAUCUACAGUCAAGACUCGUCUUACAAAACCUCUCCCGAUCGGUCCCUACUUUGUUUCAGCGAAGAGCGGCAAAAUAUUCAAGGCUCAUAGGCUUUACUCAGAUGAUAACCAAGCCUUCCUUGAGCCAGCUAUCAGCGACGAGAAGGGCGGGUACAUCUCACUGGCUCCAGGAUUUCAGGGACAUAGUAUUGCCGUUCCAUCACGGUUAUACUAUACUGCUACACCAGAGCAGCCAUUGGCCGGUCUCCGACUUGGCGUAAAGGAUAUUUUUCACGUCAAGGGUCUGCGAACAAGUGGCGGCAAUCGCGCAUACUACUCACUCUACGACGAACGCAACACCACUGGCCCAGCCAUCCAAAGUCUUAUUGAUCAAGGCGCAGUCCUUGUUGGAAAAAUGGGAACCGUUCAAUUUGCCAAUGGCGAUAGCCCAACAGCGGAUUGGGUUGAUAUCCACUGUCCCUUCAAUCCUCGGGGCGACGGAUAUCAAUACCCCAGCGGCUCCUCAACUGGCCCAGGCGCAGGAAUGGGAUCCUAUGAAUGGCUCGAUAUUGCCGUAGGAAGUGACACGGGCGGCUCGAUGCGCGGCCCAGCUGGUGCCCAAGGGCUUUUCGGAAACCGGCCUUCCACAGGUGCAGUAGACCUGGAUGAAGUUAUUCCACUUUGCUCUGGUCUCGAUACUGCAGGAGUAUUUGCUCGCAGCGCUGCGUUGUGGUCGCGUGUUGUUCAUGCUUGGUAUAAGCGGUUUGAUAGCCGAUUUGACUCUUACCCCAGUUCCAUUUUGUACCCCGAGAACUCUUUCACCGCAGAUGCUAUUAACAACACGGAUGCUUCAGUUUUGAUUGAACGCUUUGUUACUCAAUUCGAGGCCUUUUUGGGUACCAAACGUACCGUUAUUGAUGUUCGUGGAUCCUGGAAUACGACACGUCCUGCUAACGCGACUGCCUCUUUGGAUGAUUUGCUUCAUUAUACCUAUGGAACCCUCAUCAGUGUUUACCAAUGGCUUCACCUAGGCCUGCCGUUCUUCGCUGAUUACGCCAAGAAGCACUCAGGACGUACCCCAUAUAUUAACCCAGGUCCUCUCCUACGCUGGAAUAUUGGAAGAGAAGCCGGGCAGCAAGGAUUUGACACGGCCUGGAAUAAUAAGACCAUCUUCAUGGACUGGUGGAAUAGUCCAAGCGGAUUCGGCGCUCGAAACAACAAAACCUGCUCUGAGUCGGUGUACAUUUAUCCAAAUAGCGUUGGAGCCGUGAGCUACCGCGACAGAUACUUGGGACCCCCAACUGCCCCGUAUUGGGGAAUGGGCGACAGCAACAUCGCUGUCUUCGCUAGUGUUCCUGACCUCGUCGUCCCGAUUGGAGAGGUUCCUUACAAUAGUACCAAGAGUGGUAAAAUGGAAUAUCUCCCCGUGACAAUGAGCUUGGUUGCUGCCCGAGGGUGCGAUCUUAUGUUAGCUGACAUGGUCGCGCAAAUGGAACAAGAGGGUAUUCUUCGUCCGGUCUCGGUUGGACCCAGGUUGUAUCCCUAG